AUGGUAUUCAAUUCUUUGACUGAGGCCCCUCGCAACGUCAAGGAGUGCAUCGAUUGGUUGAUAGCUCUGAGGGGAACUGAUGCGGAAAAGAACUUGAAGGCUUUGGGCACAGCAGUUCACACAUUUCUCGCAGACAAGCCGGUUGGCAAGAUGCAAGUGCCAGCUCUAGAGAAAAUUAAAAAGAUUAGUAAACAGUUCUUGAAAAAGCCGUGUCUUAAGAAGCUGCGGCACGUAAAAGUGAUACUGGGGAAAUUCAAUAAGUCUUUGCAUAAGAAUCCUGAUAAAAGGUUCAAGCGCCCCUUUCAUUUCCAGCCAAUCGAUAACGAGAACGUCAUACAGACCAAGGGUGUGACUGCUAUCGACAUAGCUGAGAACUUGGCUGAUGUUGUGAGUGGUUGUGAGAAGUUCUUGAGAUUUAUCAAAAACCCUGACCAAUAUAGGUCUGCAUACAGUUCAGAAGCGACGUGGGAGGCAUCGUGUUCGAAGGACCCAGAAGCUUGCGCGGUAAUCUUUGUGGGGAUUGCGCCAAUGUUGUACGCCGGACUACUUUCUUUGCGCAAGAUGAGUAAUGGUGGGGUCUGGGGAGAACCAAAUACUAUGGAGGGGAAGCGUGCGAGAGAGUUGUUGAAAACCUUUGGUUACAAGAAGGCGGAAGGCCGGGCUGGCAUGAGAUAUUCAGAUAUCACCGAUGCGUUGGAAGAUACCACUACAAGAAUGUUGGACACAAUGUACGACCUCUGUGGCUUCUGGGCUUUCUAUUGA